AUGGCAAGCCACAAUCAGGGUAGGAGAGAGACAGGUGCAAGGGCGCAAUUCGAAAGUGAUAGUCAAAACCUGCAGCAUAUUUUGGCACGGAAUCGCGGCAAGAAGAUUCGGAGAAGUCGGAGUCUGCCUAGCAUCCCCAGCUCAUACGAUGAUGACCAGCCACCGCUAUCGCCAUCAAAUCCGGGAGGUUCGGGCACCCUCAAGGUCAUACAGGGACGCGGAUGGGUCCCUCGCAUGGUAGCAACACUAGAUCCGAGAGUAGGCGAGAGCGCGCAAGAUGAGGGACGGAUCUUGAAGCGUGUGCCUCCCUCGCCAACAAGGUUGGAGGGUCCAACGCCGGUUCUUCGUACAGAGAACGUUUCGGAAAUGACCAAUCCCGCCGGAAUGCAGAGUGAGGGUAUGGAGUUGACCGUCGGGCCCCCAGGUGACUCCUCUGGCCGAUCUUCGCGAAUUGAGCCGGACUCUGGGUCAAGAUCUAGCCGGCCUUCCUCCAGUGAUAUUCCCAGGAGUUCAUUAACUAUGGGGGAGGUCAUUGGGCAACCUCCUCAACGGAAGCCGCCGCCCGUUCCCAUGACCAGAUCAAAAACCUCAGGAAGGAAAAACAAACCAGCUCCGCAGGCUCCUGGGAGGUCAUUAUCAGAGCAGGCGACAAUAUCGUCCAUUGCCGAGCAGCCAAUACCUGAACCUGGCCUGACGGGACAAAGGGAAUUCUCGGCGGCAAAACAGCAGAGAGAUCAUCUUCUCCUAGUUGCUGAGCACAUCAUUGGAACAGCGAGAAAUGAGGGUCUCACGACCACUGAUACGCAAUAUGGUGAUGAUAUUCAGCAGCGAGUUAACGAGAUCGAGCAAGAGAUCUUUAAGGCGACCGCUGCCACGGCGCUCUCGGGCAACUCCGAAAGUGCUGAUUUGGAGCUCUUCUCCAGCGUUGGGCCGAUUGGGUCGAAACUGGGAGAGCUCGGUAACGUCAUUCGAGCACCGAAUAGAGCCUCCCUGAUCGAGAUGCUUUCUUCGAUUCCUGUCCCCCAAGGAAGUAACGCAGCGAUCAACGUGCGUGGGGGGCAAUCCCACCGCUCUGUUGGAGUCGACCUAGCAGCAUCGUCCAUUGGGAAACUGACGGGGGGACAACCGGGAUGGACGCACCCAGUGAGCAGCGGCGAGAUAUAUGCGGCAUCACCAGCGGUACCCGCAUAUGACACUUCGUACUCUGUCUCGAACUUUUCCCCAAAUGCUGUCUUCAAUCCGUUGGCACCUACAGCAACCACGGCAUCGGCUGUUGGGCGACUUGAAAACUCGGCUGGCGGAGGCGCUUUCGGUGAGCCGGCCAUUACUCCUUCAUCCGUAGGCAAAAUGGAGGGUCCUAUCCACAUUCAAACGGAAUUUGCAUUCCCGACUGGAUCCGGAACAGUUGGAGCAUAUCCCGUGCAAAGGGCGAUUUCAGCUCAAACUGUGAAGUCCAAAGCCGCACAACCCAUUUUGACCCCGGAAAUAUCAAUGGGAAUUGGCAAGCUACCCCCGGAAGGCUCGGCGCAGGCAUCUGGCACGGGACCAACGUAUUACGUGGAUUGGUCCCCGCAAGACGGGAUGAAAAGCACAUUGGCAACCGGGAGCGGGGAGAUUUCCGCCGUACACAGAAAUUCGGAGCCUACAGCCCGGUCUGUCCGGGACUUGAAUGCACCUGCGCGGCGACCAAUUGAUGUCAGGGGCCCAACGGACCGUGCGGAGAAGAUCUUUGACGCCGACCCUCCGAAAGCAUCAUCAAUCUUCGGAAAGCGAAGCGAGAAGAAGAAAAAACAAAGCGACAUUGGAAAAGGAAAAGCUAAAUGGGAACCUGAGGAUGACGGUUCGUCUGAAUUCUCGUUCGAUGAAACCAAAGUUUCCGGCCUCGCGAAAUCGCAAUCCAUCGAAGAGAUGCCACGGGAGAGUAUCAAAGUGCGUAAACCACGGGGCGACGCUGGCGAUGAAGCUGAGGACGGAGAGGGCGGACCAUCCGUCGAGGUCCACGAUGUAUAUGAAACUCGUCGGAAGUUGCGCAUGUGCCCUUGGAUCUCCUGGAAAGUAGAUAACAAAGGAGUUACUGGGCAUGCUGCGGACGAUGCUGCUCUUGUGCAGCCUUCGCACGAGGAGUCUGCGGUGGACUCUGUCUGA